AAUAUUUUAUAAUAUAAAUAUUUAUUUUUAAUUUGAUAAUAUAUUAUUAUCGUUCCACAUGACCAUUUCCCCAUAAGCAUGUCUGAUGUCUGUGCAAACAAUAAUACUAAUAAUUAAAAAGUAAAUAAAAAAAGGAAGACGGUUUANGCAACAAGAACCGCCACUAUUUACGCUCCCAGCGAAAAUUUCUGAUUCAGUGGAGCGAUUUUGAGGUGUUGAAGUGAUGGCAAGGAGACCAGAUGAGGAGUACGAUUACCUCUUCAAGGUCGUCUUAAUCGGCGACUCGGGCGUUGGCAAGUCAAAUUUGCUCUCCAGAUUUACUCGAAAUGAGUUUUGCUUGGAGUCCAAAUCCACCAUCGGCGUUGAAUUCGCCACCCGUACUCUUCAGGUCGAGGGUCGAACUAUAAAAGCUCAAAUAUGGGACACUGCAGGUCAAGAGAGAUACAGGGCCAUAACAAGCGCAUAUUACCGUGGUGCCCUUGGAGCCCUUCUCGUGUAUGAUGUAACAAAGCCCACGACUUUCGAGAAUGUGAACCGCUGGCUGAAAGAACUUAGGGACCAUGCAGACUCCAACAUUGUUAUUAUGCUCAUAGGAAACAAAACUGACCUCAAACACCUCAGGGCUGUGGCCACAGAGGAUGCUCAGGGUUUUGCCGAGAGGGAAGAGCUUUCAUUUAUUGAGACAUCUGCUCUGGAGGCCACUAAUGUGGAAAAAGCUUUUCAGAAUAUUCUUUCCGAGGUUUACAGGAUUAUUAGUAAGAAAUCGCUUGCAUCCAACGAGGCUGCUCAGACUAACAUUAAAGAAGGACAGACUCUUGUUGUGGGAGCAGAUAACAAUGGGAAGAAGGCAUGUUGCUCGACUUAAAUGGCCAAAAAAUGUUCAACUCAAGUACCUGUUUUACUAUUUUGUUUCUCUUCUUUUUUUCUGUUUUGGGAAAUCUUUGCACCGUUCUAAUGGUGGAAUGUUUAGACAAAGUUAUUGAUUCAUAUACUCUGGCUUUUGGAGAUUUUGUUGGUUGUGUGCAUUUUGAACACAAGGUGGAUGAAGAGAAGAUAAUUAUUUUGUGGUUUAGUAUUAUUUUUGCAUGUUGAACGCAAGGUGAAUGAAUGGGAGAUUAUAUUAUUUUUGUUCGUAUAUUCACUCAGUAAUUUUUCAAAGUACAUUUGUCGACGGGAAAAUAUUGUCUCCGUUUGUGUAUUUUGUAGGUCCAU